AUGCACCGUCCCACCAACCAAAACACCGUGAGGAUUGCUGAUCCUGAGCAGCAACAACCACCUCGUCCCUCUGCUGCUCGCCCUCGCGAAGAUGAUGAUGAUUCUAUCAGUUCCGGUAGCAGCAGCAGUACUAGCAUCAGUAAACAGUUCGUAGAGGACAGCACCAGCGAAACGGGGGUAUCAUCCUCCAAGCGCUCCAUGUCCACGGGAGAAACAACGGGUGUCAAUUGGUUUGAUGACAACAUGAAUGCGUCUCGUUCGUCUUCGAUGGUUCUUGGGCUCGUUCUACUGAGUGCGAUCAUCCUGGGAACAGUCUUGUUUGUCGUCGCAUCGAAGCAGGACGACGACAAGUUCCACAACAAGUUCCAUGAUGCUAGUGAUGAGAUCUUCCAGGUAGUCCACGAGAGGUCGGACAGUUUUGCCAACUCUCUUCAUCGUUUGAGUCUGACCAUCACCGAUGGUGCCGCCAACGCUGAAGCAGAAUGGCCGUUCUACACCAUGAAGAACUUGGGUGUCUUUGCUCAAGAUCUCUUGGAAGAUGAUCCAGCCACACUCUUGAACUACGCCCCUCUUGUAUCGCAAGAGAACCGACUCAACUGGGAGGAAUAUUCCGUGCAGAACCAAGCACUUGUGACGGGAGAAUCCGUUCCUGAAGAUCCUCAUCUUCCUGUUCCACCUCGACCAAACAUUUCUGAAUCCAUCUUCCGUUACGUGAAAGACACGCCUGUGGAUGAACUGCAAUUCAGUAUGGGACCAUUCUCCCCAGUGUGGCAGGUUGCUCCGGUCCCCACCGGUUACAACAUCUCGGUUGUCAAUCUCAACCUCUUGAGUCACAGAGCCUUUGUGCGACUGGCCGAUGCCACCUACCUGACACGAACCUCUGUCGUAUCGGAGCUCGAAGAACCCCAAGAGCUCCUUGGAAUACCAAUGUACCCAAAGCGACGUUACCAGAUUGGCGCCAAGGGAAACCCCCAGCGCUUGAUGGUUCAACCCAUCUUUGAAGGGUUCCACGAAGACUCCAAUAUUGUCGGAUACCUGACAGGCACUCAAUCCUGGCGCUCAAUCUUGAGCGGCAUCAUCAAUGGGGGCAACAGCGACGACAAGGUCGAACUCAACUGCGUUGUGGCCGAUUCAUGUACCGGUCGCAGCUACACUUAUUGGAUCAAUGGAUCUCACACUCUCUUCAAGGGCACAGGAUCCCUGCAUGAUACCAAGUACGAAGACAUGAAGGCUCACUCCGUCCUGGCAUCAUAUGCGCUCCAUUUGAAUGUGUCGGAGGGGGGCGACGAAGUGGUCGAUAGCUGCAUCGUGGACUUGUCCAUUUACCCAACAUCUCAAAUGAAUUCAUCCUUUGAUUCUGAUACUCCCGUCGGAUAUCUGAUCCUCAUCCUCUUUUUGGCCGUCGUUCUCAUAAUGGCGUUUACCACUCACAACAAGGCAGUCGAUCAGCGCCAACUCGAGCUCCAAGUGAAAACCCAGCGAAGCAAUGCAAUUAUUGCAUCACUCUUCCCAGAACAGAUUCGUGACAAGCUCUUUGGCCAAGACGGAGAAGUCAAAGAGGAAGGCCUCGGCAUGAUCAACUCGGGUGCGCAGAAGAGCAUCGAUUCUCUGCUCAAGACAACAGAUAAACAGUCGGGCAUUGGCGUCCUUGGAUUUGAUGACGAUUCUUUCCUUCAAAAGCAGAUUGCAGAUCUUUUCCCGAACUGCACUGUCCUGUUUGCAGACAUCUGCGGGUUCACGGCGUGGAGUUCUCAACGAGACCCGUCAGCAGUCUUUAACUUAUUGGAGACCGUCUUCCGAAGCUUCGACGAGAUCGCGCGGCGCCGGAGAGUAUUCAAAGUUGAGACCAUCGGCGAUUGCUACCUUGCCGUUACUGGUCUUCCUGACCCUAGAAGAGAUCACGCGAUCAUAAUGGCCCGCUUUGCGAGAGAUUGCUUGGAAAAGUUCCACGAAGUGACUCGCAUGUUGGAGGUUACGCUCGGCCCCGAUACUGGUGAUUUGGGGCUUCGAGUCGGUGUCCACUCGGGGCCAGUUACAGCUGGCGUUUUGCGAGGAGAACGUGGGCGAUUCCAACUGUUUGGAGAUACCGUCAACACCGGUAGUCGCUUGGAAACUACAGGGGCACGCAACCGUAUUCAAAUCUCCAAGGAAACUGCGGAGUUGGUCCGACAAAGUGGCAAGGCCACUUGGGUGAAGCCAAGGACGGACCUUGUUACAUGCAAGGGCAAGGGAGCGCUUGAAACAUUUUGGUUGCUACCAAAGUCUGCCGCUCGAUCAAGUGUGGUCACUGGCUCCACCAACUCGAACUCGCACGUUAGCAGCAGCGUCGUGACAGGUGACGGGGGAACCGAGAGGCGUGGGUCCUUUGGAGAGAGCAUGCCUUUCUCUCGUCAGGAGCAAACUGAGGCAAAGCUUGACCGUCUCAUCUUUUGGGUGUCAGAAUCGCUGCUGCAAUCUCUUCGUCACAUUGUAGCUCGAAGAAAUGCAAGCGCCAAGAAACCAGCGCAUCGUGGGGCAGCACGCGAAUCUGUCAAGGAACUGGAACAAGAGAUGGGAAUGAACAAGGUGAUGUUGGACGAGGUUCGCGAGGUCAUCACCAUGCCUCGCUUCGAUCCUGAAGCCUACGCCAACCAAGUCGACCCGAAGACAAUCAACUUGGGUCAGAAAGUCGAAACACAGCUCCGCGAGUAUGUGCAAGUUGUCGCCUCCCUUUAUCAAUCCAAUCCCUUCCACAACUUCCAUCAUGCAUCGCACGUGACCAUGUCAAUAUUGAAGCUUCUUUCUCGAAUCGUGGCACCCGACAACGUCCUUUCCAAUGCCGACCCCGAGAAGGGUACCGUGGACGAGGAUUUGCACGACUUCACGUACGGAAUCACCAGCGACCCGCUCACUCAAUUCGCCGUCCUGUUCUCGGCAGUGAUCCACGAUGUGGACCACCGUGGAGUCUCCAAUAAAGACCUCUGUCUAGAGAAUAAGAUCUUGGCCACGAUCUUCCACAAGAAAAGCGUCGCCGAACAGAAUUCCAUCGACCUAGCUUGGCAGGCGCUGAUGGAUCCCAACUUCCAAGACCUGCGCGAUUGCAUAUACACGGAUGCCACGGAACUGCGAAGAUUCCGUCAGUUGGUUGUGAAUUGCGUUCUGGCGACCGACAUUUUCGAUAAGGAACUCGCAGCACUCCGCAAGAAUCGUUGGGACAAAGCAUUUGAGAUUUCCGACCAUGAUGCCACUCAAGAAGAUACUCACCGCAAGGCUACCAUUGUCAUUGAGCAUUUGAUUCAGGCCUCCGACGUGUCUCACACGAUGCAACAUUGGCAAGUGUACAUCAAAUGGAACGAGCACUUUUUUGAAGAACAGUACACUGCCUUUUUGCAAGGCCGCAAUACCGGGGAAGACCCGUCCAAGGGCUGGUACAAGGGCGAGAUUUGGUUCUUUGAUAAUUACAUCAUUCCUUUGGCCAAAAAGCUCAAGAAUUGCGGAGUCUUUGGCGUUUCGAGUGACGAGUACUUGAAUUAUGCCCUGAUGAACCGAGAGGAAUGGGAGAAGAGGGGACAGGAAGUGGUGGGGCGCUUUGUGGAAAAGUACGGCAAGAAACUGGAAAAGCAACAGCCCAACGACUCGGAUUCCAUUGCUACCACGGCCGUCAUGUCGGAUCGCUCGGAACGGUCGCAGCAAAAAACAGCUUCAACAUCAUCUUCCUCCUCCGCUGCUGACCAGAAACUGCCACUUUCUCAAGCUCACAACAAGGCGUCCAUGUCUCCCAACAUCACGGCUCCCCUCGCUGCAUAG